AUGUCGUCCCAGCUUUCUCUCCCAACUCUCGACAGGCUCGGUAGCACGAUCCCAGAUGACCUCGACGUUCAGCAUGUUGCACAACAAUGGUUCAAAGCCUUUUCAGCAGGCAUGAUGGCAAGAAGGCCAAACGCCGUUGGUUCUGUCUUAGUGGAUGAUGCAUUCUGGCGUGAUAUGUUCGCACUGACAUGGGACAUGCGUACAUUCCAAUCUUCCCCAGUUAUCGAGCGUUUCCUUACCGACCAGCUGAGAACCUUCAGUCUAUCUUCUUUCAAGCUCAGGAAGGAGCUAGUACGCUUGGAGAGACCUUAUCCAGACUUGGCUUGGAUUCAAGGAUUCUUUGAUUUUGAGACUCAAGUUGGGAUUGCAUCAGGUGUUUUCAGGCUCGUUCCGUUAUCCAACGGAGAAUGGAAAGCACACGCGAUUCUCACAAACCUCGAGGACUUGAAAGGCUUCCCAGAGAAGAUUGGGUCGUUGCGCAACUUUCAGCCGAAUCAUGGCAAAUGGGCUGAUCAGCGCGUUCGCGAAAAGGAAUUCGCUGACGCAGAUCCCCAGGUAGUUGUGAUCGGUGGCGGACAGAGUGGUUUGGAGGUAGCAGCACGGCUAAAGGCCCUUGAUGUGAGCGCACUCGUGGUGGAGAAACAUGAAAGAAUAGGAGACAACUGGAGGAAGAGGUAUGAGGCGUUGUGUCUGCACGAUCCAGUUUGGUAUGACCAUAUGCCUUACCUUCCUUUUCCACAGACGUGGCCCGUGUAUAGUCCGGCACUCAAGCUUGCGGACUGGCUAGAGUCUUAUGCACACACUCUCGAGUUAAACGUGUGGACUUCUUCGGCUGCCACCAGUGUCACUCCACUUGCGUCUGGAUCCAAGCAUAAGUGGCGUGUAGUUGUGAACCGUCAUGACGGGCAGGAAAGAGUAUUGAACGUCAAUCACGUCGUUUUUUGUAUGGGAUUUUCAGGAAAGAUUCCAAAUAUGCCGACGUACCCUGGAAUGGACACGUUCAAAGGUCAGAUCCUGCAUUCAACUAACCACAAGAAGGCCUUGGAUCACAUUGGGAAAAAGGUUGUUGUCAUCGGCGCCUGCACUUCCGCACACGAUAUUUGCUCUGAUUAUUAUGAGCAUGGUAUUGACGUGACAAUGUGCCAGCGUGGGCCUACUUAUAUCAUGACAACGAAGGAGGGAAUGCCUAGAUUAUUGUGUAUGUCAAUUUACUGGGAUGGGGGUCCACCUACGGAGAUUGCAGACAGGAUAAACGCAUCAUACCCGAACUACCUCCUUAAGCUCAUGCAUGUUCGAGUAACGAAGGAUAUUGCCGAGGCUGACAAGGUCCUUCUGUAUGGUCUUCAGAAGCGCGGGUUCAAGCUAACAUUCGGCGUGGACGACUCUGGUUUUCUGCUACUGGCGUUUGAAAAAUCAGGAGGUUACUAUCUGGACGUCGGUGCUUCGCAGUUGAUCGUGGACGGCAAAAUCAAACUGAAAUCUGAUAGCCCUGUCGCGAGGUUUACCCCUUCAGGACUCGAAUUCGAAAACGGGUCAACACUCGAUGCGGACGUCGUUAUUUUUGCCACUGGGUUCUCCGAUGUGCGCUCGUCAUAUCGGGAAGUUUUAGAUGACGCGAUUGGUGAUAAGCUAAGUCCGAUUUGGGGUCUCAACGCAGAGGGUGAAUUCAACUCGGCUUGGCGUGAGGUAGGAGCAGAAGGGAUCUGGUGUAUGAUGGGUAAUCUUGCUUUGUGUCGAUUCCAUUCGAAACAUCUUGCCCUUCAGAUCAAAGCGAAAGAAGAAGGCAUUUUUGGGACGAGAUAUACUGACUCAUGGUUGUCUGAGCAUCAUGACGUGCCGCGUGCCAGACUGUAA